AUGCCUCGCAAGGAGGCCGCGAGCAUCCAUCUUCCGCCAGAAGUUGUACAUAUAAUCACAGGUUAUCUUGUGGCUGAAGACCCUGCAGCGGUGUUCAGUCUUGCAAAGACCAGCAAAACCUACUACGCCUACUGUCAACCAGCUAUCCAACCAGCUGUCAAGUCCAUAAAAUUCCACGACAUCAAAAUAGCGGUUCCUAGGCCCAGGCGAGAGGCAGAGCUCAAAGGAAUUGUGAAUCGCCUUAUUAAACGACUCAAAGCAGCUGACGGUUUUGGCUGUGUCCGUCGGGUUUUCGUCGCACACCCCAAACUCCUUAAGUCGCAUUUUAGAGCCUAUGACGAAGAGGAUGAAUGGAAACCGCCCUGCCUGUCCACGCUGUUAUCUUCUACUCAGGCAACUAACCAUACGACACAGUAUGGACAAUGGCAGGAAUCUCCUUUAAGUCGGCAUCCACGCCACUAUUGGGAACCUGACCGGGAUUUCUCGGACGAUCUUUACAAACCCGUUGUGAGGUUAAUCAAAAUCCUUCCCAACUUAAAAGAUCUCAUUUGGACCUGGACUAAUGGCAUGCCACCAUGCAUCCUUGAUACUUUACACCGAGAUCAACCGCAAUGCCGUCUCCAUUUGGACUACUACUUCAACAGCCCUGUUAUACGUACAGAAAAUCUGGAUGUCAUGUGGCCUGGGGCGCCUUCGCUUCACUCAAUCAGCAUUGGUAUUGACUGCGAACCUCCCUACCAAGGUCUUCAGCGACGAGAGUCUUUGUUGCGAGCUGUAACUAGCGCGUCGAAUCUCAAAGAGCUUCGCUUCAGGAGAAACGAAAGGACCCCUGACAUACCAUCAGAAAGCGAAUGUCCGUCUGAUAAACUUUCAUUGGAAGCCCUCCAUUUCGAGAGCAGAUUGGACUUUGAUGGGGAUACGCUGUACCGGUGGAGUCACUAUACAGACUUUUCAACCUUGCAGACUCUGAAAAUUCAUGGCCGAUUGGAUAACGACGUAUUCGGUAUAUGGGGUCGGACGAAACUCUCAUUUCCAUCUGUGAGAGCUCUUAGCCUGAACAUUGGUUCCGAUUUUUUGCGAUCAGCGGAGUUCUACAACUCUGCGAACAGCUUUCUCCACUCUGUGCCUCCUUUGACUGAGCUUGACUUGGAAGGAUGGCACUCCCUUAUUGGUAUAGAGUCCCUCGUCGGCUAUCAUGGGCCCCGCUUGCGCAAGCUCAAGCUCUUGAAUCCGGCAGCAUGGCAGUUCGUGAAUGAAGAGGAGAUCCGGCUAAUCGAUGGAAGAUGCCCGUCGCUAGAAGAAUUGGGAGUUCCUCUCAACCGCAGUCAAGAUCAAUCCAAGCAAUUUAUCUCAUACAUGGCCUUGGGGUCAUUGAAAAAUCUCAGCACCCUGCAUCUUGACUAUGAAAUCCUACCACCUCGAAUGCAUGAGAUCUCGCGAGAGGCAAUGACUCUAUCAAGCGAGAACAUGUUGUCUCGUGCGAACAUGCCGCUCAACGAUACAUCUUUUGACGAAUUUCAGAGUCAGCCUUGCGGAAGCGCCCGUUACAAAGAGCAUCAGCUUCAAAAUGGUCAUGUGGAAAGGAUUAUCGUUGACUCUAUCAUCGAUCGAAAGCUUGCGUGCGCAAUUUUCCAAGUCAUUUCUGAUGCGAAGCCCCUUGAAUCGGUUCAGUUGAAAGAUGUCACAAUAUCAACGAGUGGCUCAAAUUACGACCAUGACAUAGCCUGGAUAGUGGACACAUUUACCACAGCAUGGCACGUAAGGCAAGUGAGUGCCAAUUCGCGUGGCCAGGAGAUUUUGAUAGUAGCCGAGGAGCUUCAGCCGACCGAGGAGAAUUCAGGAGGAAGGCAUGACUGUCUUCCAGAAUGGAUAGAGCCCAUAUUCAGGCGACUGUUUCCAGGACAACAAUUUAAGGGACCACCACGGAAAAAAUCAAAGAAAUUGGCGGCCAAGAGACAGCAGGAUGAUGAAGCUACCUCGACAUGGAGGCGUCAAUUACGUGCUGCUGUUCCUGCUUGGAGCUCUAGGUCUUCAUCAUCGUCUCAAGGAAAUGGGCGCGGAGAAAAGCUAUCAUUGCGCAGCGGGAAGGCCGCUUGGGGGAUGCUAGUAUGA